UCAGUGAAGGCAGCAUUACGCUUGGCUGCGUAAAGGCGUGUUUGGCGAAGCAAGGACACACAAGACUGGCGGACACUUGUUGUCUUAUCCCAUAGGCAAGCGCUCACAUACCAAUAACAGCUCAACUGCAACUGAAUUUUUAUUGUAGAUCAUAAAUCAUGCAUCUCACCUGGACAGUAGAUGGCUAAGGAUUAAAUCCGACAAGUUGGGAGUCUUUGACAGCCAUUUCGAACCUGGAACUGGCGAGGACGACACAAAAAGCUUCCAUCCACCCCGUUUCUUUGCGAGGAAUAUGAGACAUUUUUCAUCUAAAUGGGAAUAUAUGAACAUCCUAGCAGUUGGCACCCCAAUGACAGCAGACAUUGUACAGUUCUUUGAGGUACAGAAUCUUGGAGAAAAGGGCUCAUCUGCACGAGUUGCUUGGUGAGGGCAAUGGUCAGCUAUUGACUGGGGUUGCGCCGGCCCCUGUAGUUGAUGGCUGUAAGCAGAGGAAGCGUUGCCUUCUGGGUGGGUUUUGUCCGUAUCCACGGCAGAAGGCAACAGAUUGUAAGUCAGCUAGCGGACUCACAGUGGCUCUGUCCAGCACGUCCUCUCAGCAGUGCAUCAUGGGCACUUGCGCCCCCCAACAGCCUGCGAUAUCAGAGCGUCAAGAAGCCGGUCCUCUCGCACCCUUUUCAUCAUGCCAGCCAGCCGCAGAAGGCCGCGUACAACGAGGAUGACUGGGAGGAGUCGCUCCGCGUGUGUGUGCUGGUGCGACUGGGUGAGUCGGGCACCAUGCGCACCACCAUGGAGAUCCCUUUGUUUGGUCAGACAAAACUAGCAGAGUUGCUUACGCCUGGGACUUACAAGUCUUCUGAGUUGUCCUUCCUGUUGACCACGGUGGACGGAAGCAGAGAGGACGACAUCAACAUCGUCAAGAAAAGUGGCGGCGACACAGAAAAGAGACAACACAGUUUUAGGAGCCUGUUCAAAGCCGAGAAGUGUCCCGCACCCUACAUAUAUGGCUCUCACUUUUAUUGUUUCCAUUGCCCGGGAACUAGACAAUCGAUUGCACACGACAGGCUGAACUUUAGGCAGAAUGUUGGACUUGAGAGCGACAAGAUGAAGGAGUUGCACGCCACUCUGUGUAGCCAGGCAGCACCAGCAGAGGGACAUCACCACGAAGGAGACAGUGAAAGAGAGCAGAGACUGGCCAUGGUGUACGAAAGACUGAGGAGCGAGCUGCCAAGUUUCUUCCAUAAGACUCAUGACUACAGCUUGUACUCCAAUGAUGUUGAAUUCAUCAACGGUCUUCUCAAUACCAAGACCAGAGGACGCUUUGCAUACCAGUUCAACAUCGCCAUGAGCCGCUUUCUGUGUCUGAUGUACUUUGUGGACGUGCGGCUGGAGGUGCUCAAACUGACCAAGCAUCCGGAGGACGGGACAAUCAAGGCUCGCUGGCGGCUCAGGGGCCUUCCCUUUUUCUCGCUGAUGCUACGCAUCUACCGCAGAGAUAAAUCCCAGUUGUACAGGUUUUAUGAUGCAUUCUCUACGUUCUACGUCGGACACAAUGGACUCAUUCACUGUCAUAAAGUUGAAAAGGUGAUGCAGGCUCCGCCCCCUGUCCUGCCCAGAGUCACAUCCCUUCUUGCCAGUGCUUUAAUAGCUUUGGGGGUGCAAGAGAACCGGCCCGCUCUCAAUUUGCUACCCCUCCUCCUGUCCUCGCGAAAACAGGUCCGAGAUUAACCACAGUCGGGAGCGGGAGCAUUUGUCACCUAUAGAAACAUUUACAAACAUUAAGCGCUGUUUUACGUUGUGGCCAGUAUGUGCUAACAAACGCAAAUGUUCACCCGUGGACUUCAUCUUCUCACUUCAUUUCUUUAGGCAAAACAAGAACUUGAGGUCCUCCUUGAAUUCCCCCUUCUCCCGUUGUUGCUGUAAUGUUUGUUAACCUUAGUUUGCAUUAUUCAAAUCAAUGUCCUUGUUGAAGUUGUGACCUGACUGUAAACGUGAAUGAAGAAAACACAAGCCCUUCAAUGGUGAUUUCACAUCAUACUAACUCUUCCCAUAAAUCCAACUAUUUCAA